GCGUGGUCUCGGCCGCGCGCCCUGAGGGCUGAGGCGACCGGCGGCCGUUGGCGCGGCUUGGGCGGUUGUCUUGGAGAAGCAAGAUGGCGGCGGCGACGGCGGCCGCGGUGGUGGCGGAGGAGGACACGGAGCUGCGGGACCUGCUGGUGCAGACGCUGGAGAACAGCGGGGUCCUGAACCGCAUCAAGGCUGAACUCCGAGCAGCUGUGUUUUUAGCGCUAGAGGAGCAAGAGAAAGUAGAGAACAAAACUCCUUUAGUCAAUGAGAGCCUGAAAAAGUUUUUAAAUACGAAAGAUGGCCGGCUGGUGGCCAGCCUCGUUGCCGAGUUUCUUCAGUUUUUCAACCUUGACUUCACCUUGGCGGUGUUCCAGCCCGAAGCUAGCACAUUUCAAGGUCUUGAAGGUCGAGAGAAUUUAGCCCGAGAUUUAGGAAUUAUUGAAGCCGAAGGUACUGUGGGUGGACCCUUAUUAUUAGAAGUGAUCAGACGCUGUCAACAAAAAGAAAAAGGGCUGACCAGUGGGGAAGGUGCUCUGGACCUGUCUGAUGUACAUUCUCCACCAAAGUCACCAGAAGGAAAAACAGGCGCACACACUCCCCCCAGUAAGAUACCAAGGUAUAAAGGACAAGGUAAGAAGAAGACAAGCGGGCAGCAGUCUGGUGCCAAGAAGGCCAGCAGUGAUGCUAGUCACAGCGACACCAGUAUCUCAUCGUCAGAACCGAAGAGCAGAAGCAGUCUUCACUUACUGGCCCAUGAAACUAAAAUCGGGUCCUUGUUAAACAACAGCAGUCUCGAUGUCAACGCCAGAGCGGGUCCCGGUCCAGAUGACGAUGACCUGGAAGGGGAUUCUUUCUUCGAUGACCCCCUUCCUAAACCGGAAGCAGCGUACGGUUGGAGAAGUGAACCCAGUAAGCAAGCGGGAAGCCAUGCAUCGCUCUCUGAUGCGCCCCCCCUAAAAAGUGGACUCAGCUCCCUUGCUGGAGCCCCUUCAUUGAAAGAGUCUGAAAGUAAAAGGGGAAACACAAUUCUAAAAGAUCUUAAACUGGUCAACGAUAGAAUCGGAUCCCUUGGAUUAGGGGCUGGAGAAGAAGAUGACUAUGUUGAUGAUUUUAAUAGUACCAGCCAUCGCUCAGAGAAGAGUGAGCUGAGUAUUGGGGAAGAGAUUGAGGAGGACCUCUCUGUGGAGAUGGACGACGUCAACACCAGUGAUAAACUUGGGGACCUGACGCAGGACCUGACCGUGUCCCAGCUCAGUGAUGUCGCUGACUACCUGGAAGACGUCGCCUAGGCCUGCGAGAGGCACGCGCGCUGGGCAGCAAAGGACAGGACUCUGAUCAGUUCCUUUCUUCCCCCAGACAAUCAUUCUUUGCUGGAAUGUCUGCUCCCUGUUGGUGCCUUGUGUUUCAAAAGAUUACAGAUAUUUUUUAAAAUUAACCUUUCAUUAUACUAGACAAAAUAAUUCCUAUUUGAGCCCAUGUGUGGAAGAUUUAAUAUUCCUAAUUUGGCUUAGGUACGUGUGUCCCUGUGAAAGUUGAUUAGGCUCAAAUUCACCACCAGGAGGGAGCCGGUACAGUGCCAGUGCUAAAUGCAUCGUGAAGGCGUCAGUAAAGCUGUAGGUUCACGGCUCCGCGUGCUGCCUGCGGGCUGGCGCCGGGGCUCAGGCGUGGCGGCAGCAGGAGGCGCGUCUGCAGUCAGAGGGUGCGGUGGUGGGUGGCUCCGCAGGGAGCUGGCCUGUGGCCCGGAAGACCUGCAGCCUGGAGCCCGUCACUGUAAGUUACACUUGAUAGGUUGGCUCGGCUUUGCAUCUCCUUCCGUUUGGGAGGUUUGCUGGACCGUUAAGGUUAUAUCAGAAUCCUCGUGUGUGUCCUUCUUAGCUUUGCUCCUUUUAAAGACUGAAAUCUGGAGGUGCUUGUGGUUUCUGAUUGUGGAAUCAGUUUGUGGAACUGUCCCUGAUGCAUUUGAGGUCACCGCCCUGGUUCCAUGUAAGCAGUUUAUUCACAGGUUCUCCUCACUGCAGUUAUAAUUUAUUAUUUGUAAAGAUGCUUUGAAACAUUAAAUACAAAAUGCACCUGAAACCAUGGAGCAGCGCUUUCAUUUCAGAUCUGUAAGCUGGUCAUGUUUAAAUCCGCAUUGGGCUGAAACGGUGGUCAUGGGCUAAGACCAGACCCAGGUGACCAGCUAUACACACUGCUCAGUCUCACUGGGGACCUUCAGGGUCGAGCCGGGGAUGGAGUUUGGGGAAGUCUGAUGCCCCCUGUGCUGCUGUCUGUACAGGUGCCGACACCGUGGUCCUGAGUGUUAAAAAGAGCUGCGGGAGGUGAGGCGUGCUUGUUCGUAAGCACAGCUGUGACCAACGGUUAAAUUCUGUAUUUUUUAAUUUCAAUUACAACUUUUUGUUAAGAGUCGCCUUUGUUAAUAAAAGGAGCAAAUUAGAACUUACUCAUUGAUCUCAAGAAGUGAACAGACUUUGUGGUUUGUAUGCCAGGUUUUCAUUUCAUACGAGUCUACAGACUACACAAAUGCUUACUGGGCUCUGAAAUGCCAAGGGAGAUGAUAAUGUAAGUAUUUAGGUUAUAUGACAUUAGAAUCCGAUUUUAUAAAAUUUCAGUGAAGCUGGGCCGUGAGCCCCAAGAGGAAGCAAGGCAGAAUGUGGUCCAGGGCGGCCUGGGCACCCCCCGUCAGCCCCCAGCUGCGGGCGCCGGUCUCGAUCAGGCAUGUCUCACCACGGUCCGUGUGAGGGAGCAGCGCUGUGUGAAGGUGCAGGCUGCUGUUAGAAGCCCCCAGUGUGCUGUCACAGAAUGCGUCCCUUGGAUGUCAUCUCUGUAAACAGUCACUUCCUAUAGAGAUUAUAAUUCUGUUUUGGCCCCCUGGAAUCUGUCAAAUGUGAUUUAUUUUUUGUAUUGUUUGAUAGGUAGAUUUCUGUGAGGUGGUUUAAAAUCAUUU